AUGGCGGUGGCGGCUGUGAUGUCGCGGCGCGCAGCCUCGAAGCAAGAGCCUGAUAUCUAUCCGCAGGCAGUUGCCUUGCCCCACUUCGUCUCUGUGAAGACGCUGGAAAGACCAGCCUCCGGCACUGUGAGACCCACAAGCCCUAAGAGCAAUGGAGAGGCUGGCGGGGACGAGGACAACGUCUCCAAGGCCAUAUCCUUUUACUCCAAGAAGGAGGUCAACGAGGAUGAGUUCCAGGAAAUCUUGGAGGAACAAGGAGUGGCUGAUGUAGAGAGCAACGAGGAGGAGGUCGAAAAGCCCAAGUUCGCGGAUAGCAUGGAGUUUGAGUCUGGCAUCGGCUGCCUGAUUGCGCUCAAUGCUCUGAUGAUGGGCUUCGAAGUGGAUUUGGCGAACCAGGGGGAUGUGGGCUGGAUUGUGUUGGAGAACUUCUUCUGCGUGCUUUGGAUCGUGGAGAUGUUGCUGAAGCUGCACUCUAUCCGCCUGAUGUACUUCUACCAACCCUGGAAUAUCCUCGACUUCUUCCUGGUUCUACUGAGCGUAGCGGAGGCUUGGGUCAUUCCAGCCCUCUCAAUCACUGGCGUCAGCGCCUUGGGUAGCCUACGCAUGGUGCGGGUUCUGCGCAUCCUUCGCCUCCUGCGGCUGAUUCGGCUGGUGAAACUAUUCAAGAACCUGUGGCUCAUCAUCGUGGGCUUCAGGGAAUCCUUGAGCACUCUCUUCUGGGUGCUGAUGCUGCUUUCAGUCGUAAUCUAUGUGUUCGCAAUAUUUCUCCGCUAUACGCUGAACUGCCAAGACCAGUUUCGGGAUUGGGCGGAUUGCUCCGAAUACUUUGGUAGCAUGCCUGCAGCGAUGUACAGCUUAUUUCAAGUCAUUACGCUGGAAUCCUGGAGCCAGGUCUUUGCUCGGCCCAUUCUCCGAGUUCAGCCAGGCUUUUUCGUGGUGUUUCUGCUGUUUCUCUUUCUUACCACAUUCGGCAUCCUGAAUAUCAUUGUCGGCGUGAUCGUGGAGAACACGCUGAAUGCUGCAAAGCAGAAUCAGGAACUUCAGGAGCGCCGAAUGCAGCGGCAAUUGCGGCAGGAGCUCGAAAGCAUCCGGAGGCUCUUUGAAGAGGCCGACGCAGAUGGCAGCGGCACUCUGGAGCAGGCGGAGUUCGUAGCGAUCCUCUCGGACGGAGUGGUGCAGCAGACGCUCACCCGCAUGGAGAUCCCAAUCGAGGAUCCAGGAACUCUCUUUGCGAUCCUGGAUCCCCAGAACAGUGGCUCCUUGAGUUUCCCAACCUUCGCCCAAGGCGUGCUCAAGAUCAAGGGCCCACCGACCCAACUGGAUAUGAAGACCAUGCAGCUGGGCGUCGCCAGUAUCUCCCGACGCGUUGCUAAAGUUGAGCACGUCAUGGAGAAGCAAACUGAGAUGAUCGCCGCGAACAUGGAAAUGCUCAGCCUGCUGUUGGAGAAGCUCGGUCACAAGCCACCAGACAGCCGAAUCUCCAAAGAGCCGCCAGGCCGAAUCUCCAAAGAGCUGCCAGGCCGAAUCUCCAAAGAGCUGCCAGGCCGAAUCUCCAAAGAGCCGCCAGGCCGCAGCUCCAAAGAGCCGCCAGACCGAAUCUCCAAAGAGCCGCCAGACCGCAGCUCCAAAGAGCCACCAGAGCGCAGCCGAAGCCGAAUAGAAAGGAUGGCUUCCCACGAGACGGACAUGCAGGACCCCAUAGAGGUGGAGAGCAUCGGUGGUGAGGACAAAGACGAGGUGCACAAAGCCUUUUCGAACAGCAGCUGCGAGAUGUUGCGAGAAACUAGCAACAGCUUCCGUCCUGCUCCACAGCCCUCAGCGCACAAGGCGCCACCGGUCCCGGGCUUUUGUUCGCAGUAG